AUGAAGGCCUCGCCGCUCAUCAUCAAUUGGCAUGACCAGAAUGCCCCAAUCUACUCUGCCCACUUUGAGCCAAACGGCAAGGGCCGCCUGGCCACGGCCGGUGGUGACAACCAUGUGAGGGUGUGGAAAGUUCAAGCCGACGGCCCGGAACGCAAAGUCGAAUAUCUGUCGACCUUGUCCAAACACAAUCAAGCUGUCAACGUUGUGCGAUGGGCCCCCAAAGGAGAAACCCUCGCUUCGGCCGGCGACGACGGCAAUGUGAUUCUAUGGGUUCCCAGCGAGAUUCCGGCAACCAACUUUGGAUCGGAAGGUUUGGACGAUAAGGAAUCAUGGCGAGCCAAGCACAUGUGUCGCUCUAGCGGAGCCGAGAUAUACGAUCUGGCAUGGUCCCCCGACGCCGUCUACUUUAUUAUCGGUAGUAUGGAUAAUAUUGCGAGAAUAUACAAUGCUAGUUCAGGAACACUUGUAAGGCAAAUUGCCGAACACAGUCACUACGUGCAAGGCGUCACUUGGGAUCCCUUGAACGAAUACAUAGCAACCCAAUCGUCCGAUCGAUCCGUCCACAUCUACUCUCUCAAGACAAAAGACGGGCAGUAUUCCUUGAGCCAGGACGAUAAACUUCCAAGGCUAGCAAGCCACGUCAAAGCCGAUCUCCCUACUCGACGAAUCUCUUCGAGCAGUCCCGCGCCCCCGGAAUUCGGUCACCGAGCGCAGAUGUCUACCGUAGACUCUGCCACGUCUGUGGGAUCACCAGCUCCCUCAGCCCCAAGCACCCCAACUUCCGCACCUCUCCCUAUGAACCCGCCAAGCGUCAUCAGCCAUAGUCGUCGAUCUUCCUUCUCCUCUCGUCGUUCGGUCUCGCCGGCACCAUCUCUACCUCUUCCUGCCGUCAUGCCAAUGGAGGCGUCGCCGAAACCUCACUAUGCUCUCAACACCAACUGGGCCACGGGAAUGAAGAAUGCCAGUCUUUAUGCAAACGAAACCCUGACAUCUUUCUUUCGACGACUCACGUUUACGCCAGAUGGGAGUCUCUUGCUCACGCCGUCUGGGCAGUAUCAGAAUCAACACCAGACAGACAAGGAUGCAAAGCCAACUUACGAAAUUAUCAAUACCGUCUACAUCUACACUAGAGGCGGUAUCAACAAGCCCCCGAUAGCACAUCUGCCAGGCCAUAAAAAGCCUUCAGUCGUUGUCAAAUGCUCACCAAUUUUUUAUACCCUCCGCCAGUCUCCGCCGGUGACUAAACAUGUCACCAUUGAUACAUCCUCUGCAGAAGACACCAUUCCCUCCCUCCCAGAGCCAGUCUCCAAGGCAUCCACCACGUCAUCCGUCAUGGAUCCUCCCCCGCUGCCCACGCCUGCUUCGACUACUGCCGCCGAAGCAGGAGCUCCGUCAAAAGGAGUGCCUACCGAGACAAAUGCGUCAACACCAGGCCCUAAGCCCGCCUUUGCCCUUCCUUACCGAAUGGUAUACGCAGUCGCCACCCAAGACUCGGUACUACUAUAUGAUACACAACAGAAGACUCCGAUAUGCAUAGUCAGCAACUUGCACUGCGCAACCUUUACUGAUCUUGCUUGGUCAACUGAUGGGCUCACCCUCAUCAUCUCGUCAUCAGACGGAUUCUGCUCCUCACUAACAUUUGCCCUGGGCGAGCUGGGCGAGAUUUACAAGGGCGAGGUUGGGGCAAAAGCAAGUGCAUCCGCAGCAACUCCUACGUCAACGUUUGCAUCGCCUGCUUCGUUCCCAGGUGGACAGCAGCAUCAACCGCGCAACUCGGCAAGCUCUUUCACAGCACCCUCUCCUCCUACCACAUCGUCUGUGCCAUCCAAUCGCCCAUCCUCGCCUACAAGAUCGAAUUCUACUUCUUCUGUAGCUACACAGUCAGGUGUCGUGAGCAACCCGCCCCUCAUUAGUGGUAGUGUGCCAUCAAUCACGGCCGCCAAUUCCGGCAGGGUAACGGGCGUUCCCUUGACUACGCCUCCAGAGACACCCAAAGUUGUGCCUGGGCCCAGCACGGGCGUAAAGAGGGAUGCUGAUGAGGCCGAGAAAGAAGACACCAAAGAGCCCAAGAAGCGAAGAAUUGCUCCAACUCUUGUUUCGAACCCAACAUGA